AUGGUUGUCUGGAAACGAUUGAUUCGAUUUGUCGCCACGGAUGGCCGAAUCCUACGCGGCGAGCCUCUACUUCCCUCACCUAACUUCGAUCUUGGCACUACCACGGCGGAAACCAAGCUGCAGGCGAAGGUUAUAGUUGGAGAUGACCCCUACGAUACAACUGGGAAGACUACAGUGUCAGACGAGAAAGUUACAGUGAAGAAGCUGCUGGGCCCACUAGCUCAAGAUGAUGUCCCAAUACUGAGAUGCGUUGGGCUGAAUUACGCAAAGCACAUCAAAGAGGCAGGCCGCUCACCUCCUCCAUUUCCAUUUAUCUUCUUCAAGCCUACGCCCUGUAUCACCGACCACGAGGCAGACGUCGUUAUCCCCAAAAUAUGCCAGGAUGAUCAAGCAGACUACGAGGGCGAACUGUGCAUCGUCAUCGGCCGCGAUUGUAAAGACGUGUCGGAAGCCGAUGCGCUAUCAUACGUGGCAGCCUACACCUGCGGGAACGACAUUUCCUCCCGCAAAUUGCAAAGAGACCCCGCAUUCGCCGGUCGAAUUCCCCAAUGGGGAUUCAGCAAGGGAUUUGACACAUUUGCACCACUGGGCCCAUGCCUGGUCAACUCGGAACUGAUCGAAGACCCUGCCAAGCUCCACCUGAAGACGAUUGUGGACGGCGAAGUGAGGCAAGAUGAGUCUGUAGGGGACUUGCUCUUUGGUUGCGCGUACCUGAUCUCUUACUUGAGCAGUGGGACGACACUCCAGAAGGGAAGCGUCAUUAUGACGGGCACGCCGGGUGGCGUUGGUGCAGGAUUAAACCCACCGCGAUAUCUGGUUCCAGGAAAUGUGAUGGAGGUGCAGAUUUCGCAGAUUGGAACUCUGAGGAAUGGUGUCAAAUUUGCGUGA